GCAAGAGACGAGCGGGGUGGUAGCGUUGGGUCAGACCGGAGUUGCCCGCUUCCAAGAUGGCGGCGGGAGCCUGGAAGGUGAAGCAGGACAUGCCGCCGACGGGCGGUUAUGGACCAAUCGACUAUAAGAGGCGAUUGCCCCAACGGGGGCUCCCGGGUUAUGGCCUUCUUGCUAUUGGACUUGGGGCUUUUGUUUUUGGCUCUUACGUUGUUUUCAAAUGGAACUGGGAGAGGAGACAACUGGCCUUUGAGGAUCUGGAAGCGAAGAUAGCAACGUUGCCCCUCUUAAUGGCUGAGGAGGACCGAAGGACACUGCGCCUGAUGCGUCAUAAUUUCAGUGAGGAAGCCAAGAUCAUGAAAGAUGUCCCUGGCUGGCAGGUGGGGGAGUCUGUCUACCACACCACACGUUGGGUGGACCCCAGAGUUGAGGAGCUGUACUUCCUUCACCCACCAAAAAUCCAUCAACAGCUCUACUUUGGGUACUCGUUGAGCUCAUAAGCAGGCAAGGAUUGUGGAAGGAACCCUGUCUCCUGCUUUCCCAGGAUGGAACAUAUUUCUUAAUAAAUUAAUGCUCUGCGGAGCAUCAACCCACUGCCA